CUGCACAAACACACAAAUUCUUAGUAACACUCCACUCGGGUGAUAGACUAGUCGAACUAGAGGGGCCUGUAGCUAAGGAGAUGCUAUCAUCAUCAAUGGUGGCACCCUCCUUCUCCUCUAUGUAGCUAGUCAAAUUUGAUUGUAUUAGCUUGUGAUCUUGUUUAUUGUUAUGUGAAUGAAAGCUAUAAUUUCAUCUCAUGCUUGUGCUUAUCUAUGGGAUUUUUUUAUGCUUAUUACUAUGUAUGGAUGCUUUUGUGGGAAAAAAUCCCAAAGUACACAUGUUCUUAAAAAAAAUUCCCAAAAUACAUAAGUUAUAAAAUUUUUUCCCAAAAUACACAUGUUUGCCAUUCACCGUUCUUGACAAACGCAGUGAAUAUAAUCAGUGUGUUUGACAAAAGUGGUGAAUAAUUCACCGUUUAAAAAAAACGGUGACGUAUUCACUGUCUUCAUCUAAAACGGUGAAGUACCAGCGAGGCAAUCACCGUUUUAGAGGGAAAUGGUGAAUCAAUCACCGUUUUAAUUAAAAGCGAUGACAUUUAAACCGCUGUGAUUGGCCACGAUGAAGCGAAGUGGAUCGCUGACGUGGACAAACGGGGUGUAUUCACCGCGUUAAACAAACACGGUGAAUACCCCGUGUUUGUUUGCGUCAGCGAUCCGCGUCGCUGCCGCGUUCACCGUCGCCGUCGGAUGCGGUGAGGCGCGGAUCAUGGUUUUCUUCCCAGAUCCAACGCCUCACGCUAAGCCACGUCACUCAAUCCGCGCCCAUUCACCGUCUUCGAGAAACGCGGUCACUUCACCGUUUCUGACUGACGCGGUGAAUGCUCCCCAGUUUCACUCGGCAGAUCCCUUCCCCCAACUAUAAAUAGACCCUUCCCCCACCACUUACAACUCACACCACAACCAUUUCACUUCUUUCUCCCUCAAUUUAUCCGCUCUAGUCUCGUUCUAAGUAUGCUCUGUGGUUGCAGAUAAAUCUGAUCUUCCACAUCAGAAAGAAUUACUAGAGUUUGAACCUAAAGCACCCGUCCCGCUAAGGUCCCGUCCCUCACAAACCUGAACCCGUUGAACCUCUGUCCGGCUUCUACCAAAAAAUGGACGAAGAGGCUCUUCGUGUAGGUUUUUUUGUUGUUCUUAUUUUUAAUCGUAACAAUUUGAUUUUGUGAUUUUUUAUCAAAACAAUCUCUGAUUUGAUUACUUUUUUUAUAGAUGUGUGUCGAGAUAUACGAUCCUCGAUUGUAUAUCCAUUAUAAGCCAAGAGAUAUGAGACUCUUAACCGAUCAAGAAGCUCAUCGCUCCCGUGCUAUUUGGGAUAACAAUCCGGUAAUUUUAUGAUUUAUUUGCUUUAUUUUAUUAUUUUCUAAGGUUUUAUUUUGCUUUAUUUAAACUAACAAAUUGAUGUUUUUCCUAUUUUUUUGAAGGAAUCACUUAUUCCCGUCGUUCAUAAAGGGACCACAAACUUGCCCCCUUGGCAUCCACGGUUGGCGCUCUAUAUAGAGAGGACUAGGUUGGGUAUGUUGCGCCAUUUCAUGCGGAUCGAAAUCAACAACGAUCUGCUUACGGCAAUGGCGGAGCGAUGGCGUCCCGAAGCCCAUACGUUCCACCUUCCGGAGGGGGGAAAUGAAGAUCACCCUCAAAGACGUGGCGAUCCUCACCGGGCUGCCGAUUACUGGAGAUGCCAUCAUUGGGCCCACUACCAAACCCGAAGGAGGUUGGGGGCCGCUCAUUCUUGCUGAGUUGGGAUUCGACAUGCCGACCACCACUCCAAUUCAAGGACGGGGCCAUCCACCGUUGAAUGCGGGACAAGUGUCGGUCCCGUGGCUGGUAGCUAACAUCCAGAAUGAGGUGCAAAUCAAUGACGAGACUCCGGAAGAUCAAGUGGAGCGUUAUGCACGCAUCUACCUCAUUGGUCUGGUGGGUGGAUUUCUGUUCCCCGACAAGUCAAAUCGGUGGAUUCAAGGCAUAUGGUUGCCAUUACUCACUGGUGACUGGGACGUAAUUGGGGAAAGGAGCUGGGGAUCGGCCGUGUUAGCUGACAUAUACCGGGAGCUGUGCACUUGCUCGAAAGUGGGAGCAAAACAAGCUGGUGCUGCGAUGUUCAUCCUACAGCUGUGGGUAUGGGAGCAUCUUCCAAUGUUCGCACCUCAAGACCCACGUCCAUACCGGAGAGCCGAUGAUGAGCUAAACUUUCUGCAAAUCCCCCUUACGGUGUCAAGUAAGUUUAUUCCGUACUUAGCUUAAUUUAAAAUUAUUACAUGAUUAGCUAGAUUUCAAUUGAAUUUAUUCAGUACUUAGCUUAAUUUAAAAUUAUUCCAUGAUUAGCUAGAUUUCAAUUGAAUUUAUUCCGUACUUAGCCUAAUUUAAAAUUAUACCAUGCUUAGCUAGAUUUUAAUUGAAUUUAAUCCGUACUUAGCCUAAUGGUGGCUAAUUUAUACCAUGCUUAGCUAGAUUUAAAUUGAAUUUAAUCCGUACUUAGUCUAAUUUCAAUUUAUUCCAUGCUUUUACUUACAAGGUGGAUAGGAGCAAAUACGAAUGACCAUCAACCUGAGCAUUCGUUAUUGUUUUAUCGUUCUGAGUUAGAUAAGCCUUGGUGGAAUCAGGUAAUCAUGCUUUAUCAUAUUUUAACAAUUUUCAUUUUUUCAAGGUAAAUGGUCACUAAUUGCAUUAUUUGAAUGAAUAUAGGUUACUUGGGAUCCAUAUCCACGUGAAGUGGUCGAACUGCAUCAUCUUAGAAACCCUCUGGAUCACAAGACGUGGUUGUGCAAGGUGCCAUUGAUCUGUUGGCACAUCGUGGAGUGGCACCUACCCGAUCGAUCCUUGAGGCAAUAUCGAAUGGAGCAACCAAUUCCACAAACCCCGCCUCAGGGUUUCAGAGAGCUACAUGCCAUCGACCUCCGACACGCCUCAAAGAAUUGGAUCCUAAAGCAUCAAAACUACAUCAGCAUAUGGGAGAAUAGAAGGACAUGGGUGGUCCAAGGGAUGCCGGAGGCGAGACCGUUGGGCUACCACGAUGGGUACAUGCAGUGGUAUCGGAAGUUCACCAAUCGAUGGGUGUCAAAGCAAGGUGCUGUGAUGGGUUCGUUGGUAAGUCAUCCUAAUCUCUCGCGUGACUCUAAUUAUUUUGUUUUGAGGUUUAAUUAAUUUUGUUUUAUUAUGUGGAUUUCUUAGGUUGAUGGUUUGGAACACACCAAACACACCCUCGAUAGUGCUCCAAGCAUGGAUGAGCCGAAAACUUCUUGGCUACGAAAACUUCUUGGCCCCGUUGUCCAUAUGGAACGUCCACAUGGCCAAUUCUUGACCUUCAGCCCAUACUGCUCCAGCUCGGUGAGUCUGACGGAUCGCCUUCAUCUUCUGCUCGUACUUUUUUGGCUGAUGUGCAACCGCUGCAAGGUGAACAAUAUAGAAAUGGUCAAUACAUGAUAAACAACAAAUUAUUAAACACAUAGAUAACUCGCAUUAAAGUACAUUAGUACCU